GCGACCGGCUGCCGAUCGAGAACUUCACUUGCACUGUAGUCAACCUUAUCGAGCCGAAUCUCCUCCCUCUCGCACCGACCAGGAACUCCCUUGCCCAGUCAGGCCAGUCGCAAGGCCAAUCCAUUGCGCGGUCUUCCGGCCACCAAUCGGCGCUGCAUCACCAUAUCGCCUCUCCAUAUAAAAACCAUCCGGCGCCAACGGACACCCGCGGCUUUUGCCAUACCAGACACAAUUGCCUGCAUUCUCCCUUGGGAUUGAUAACAAUUCCACUUCUGUAUGGACGGUUAUCCACCAUGACCGCCGAAUAUAGCCUCUACAGCCCCCUUGCGGGCCCCUCCGCCGCCACAGACCCCGACACCACCACAUGGUCGGACUCCCUCCCCUUCCUAGUGGACAAUUCAAUUGCCCCCGAAUCAUCCCUCCCUCUCUUCGACGAGAACACACAAUGGGUCCUCAAUCCCAUGUCGCCAUCCCUGUCCACUUCCUGGGCCGCGGGAGCAGCAACGCGAACAGCCUCCGACCCCAGCUCGAACGCCAGUUUCAUCAACCCCGCCCAGUCCUUGCACGAGCCCAGUUGGAACCAUAACCCAUACCGGAAACUCUCCACUGACCCGAUCUACCCCUUCGCUCCGAUCGCCAUCCAACCCACCCUCUCCCUGCAAGACAUCACCUCCCGCGGCAGCAGCAGCAGCAGCAGCAGCAGCAGCAGCAGGCAGCCCCAAUUCAGCGUCGGCAGCAGCAGCAGCACAGAAGGUCAGACCCAGUAUCACAGCCAGAGCCUGAGUACGAGUCGCAGUCGCGCCCGCAGCGGGAGCUCCCAGACCGAAGCCAACACCUCAUCCUCCGGGGGCUUCGAGGACCACGAGCGAGAACGGCGCAAACGGGAGCGCUUCCUCGAGCGGAAUCGCGUCGCGGCCAAUAAAUGCCGCAAGAAGAAGAAGGAGCACUCCCGUCAGCUGGAGAGCCGGUGUCAGGCUGUCUCUCAGGAGAAUACCUCGUUGGAGAGCGAGGUUGAUCACCUGCGGAGUGAGAUCUUGAGUUUGAAGAAUGAGCUGUUGCGCCAUUCCCAGUGUGGAGAUGCCGGCAUCAAGCGCCACUUGGCGCAGAUGAUCAAGGAGAUCUCCGAUCGGGGCGCGGCGGGGUCUGGGACUGAUGAGAGUAGUAAUAAUGCCUCCGACGGAGGAGGGGGAAAGAUGGGAUCGUCGAGGGAAAGUGGACACGGAGAACGGAAGAUGGAGGACGAUCAGGACCACGACGAGGACCAGGACUUGAAAACGGAGAAAAUGGACUUUGAUUUCGACGAUCUAGUACGGCUCCCGCCGUCGAACGGCGGUGCCGCUGUGGAGCAGCGGGCAAGUGUUGCCGAGUAAUUGUAACGGCUGGG